UGCUGCGACCUCGGAAAAAUGCCGUGGUGUUUGACCAGCUGGCGAAUCGUUGGACCCCUAAGAUAAGCGGCGGAAAUGGGCGACGGGGUCCCGAACCCAAUGGGCAUCUUUGGUUUUGGCUGACUUUUGCCCGAGUGCCGGCGCACCCCAUUUUUGUCGCAGCUGCCGACGUAAGAAAGAAAUUCGGCGCCACGCCCUCUCUUCGCUUCCACGACCUGACCUGCAAUAUCUUGAGUCUGCACAUCUUGUGAAGGGCUUGGUCUGAGUUGAUCUCGACGUCGUUCUUGUCCUGUCAAUCGCGGCCAGGCAUAACUGCCCGUUCUCGUCCUUUCCAAGCGCCACCAACCAUGUCUUUCUCCUCUCUUGUCCAGGACAUCGCUUUCCGCGACUCGGCUCAGGGUCACGCUCGCACGACUGCCAGCACAGCAACUAGCAAUGACAACCAGUCGACCAUUUCCCGCCCAUCGCUAGCUCGAUCCUACACCUCCACAGCAGCCACGAGCGUUAGCAUCGCAGGCGAUAUCUCGAGUCAGCUACAUGCAGGAUACAGCCACCCACUAUCAAGAGCAUGGCAAGCAGAGCGACAAUUGACAAAGUCGAUGCUGAUAUACCCCCUCUUCAUCACCGACAACCCUAAUGAAAUCACACCGAUCCCCUCCCUCCCCAAUCAAAAUCGCCUGGGCUUGAACAAACUGGUCCCCUUCCUCACCCCACUCGUCCAGAAGGGACUUCGCUCAGUCAUUCUCUUCGGCGUCCCGCUCGCUGAGACCGCGAAGGAUGCCCUUGGUACCGCCGCAGACGACCCCGAAGGCCCUGUGAUCAAGGGCAUUCAAGUCAUUCGCCGUGCUUUUCCCCAACUCUUCAUCAUCGCCGAUGUCUGUCUCUGUGAGUACACAUCUCACGGCCACUGCGGUAUUCUGCGGGAUGACGGUUCGCUCAACAACGCUAUGUCUGUCGAGCGAAUCUCCGAUGUGGCCAUGGCCUACGCGCACGCUGGCGCCCACUGCGUCGCACCCUCGGAUAUGAAUGACGGCCGCAUCCGUGCCAUCAAAUUGAAGCUCAUCGAGACCGGCCUCGCACACCAGGUCAACCUCAUGAGUUAUGCCGCCAAAUUCUCCGGGUGUCUGUAUGGCCCCUUCCGUGAUGCGGCAGGGUCGUGCCCGUCGUUCGGCGACCGGAAAUGCUACCAGCUUCCUCCUGGAGGACGAGGAUUGGCCAGACGUGCCAUCGUGCGAGAUAUCCAGGAAGGCGCCGACAUUAUAAUGGUCAAGCCUGCGUCGUCAUAUUUGGACAUCAUUUCGGACGCGAAGGAGCUUGCCAAGGAUAUGCCUAUCGCAGCGUACCAGGUCAGUGGCGAGUAUGCCAUGAUUCACGCGGGAGCUAAGGCUGGCGUAUUUGACCUCAAGGCCAUGGCUUUCGAGAGCACGGAGGGCAUCCUUCGUGCCGGAGCAGGCAUUGUGGUGAGCUACUUCACGCCGGAAUUUUUGGACUGGCUGAGCGCAUAAAUGUUUUGCUGUCUGUGUUGAGCGUAUGUGACAAUGCUGUAGGAUGCGUCUUCGGACGGGAUGGUUAUGGAGUCACGAGAAGGGCAAGGGAUGAUAUCCAAAAUUGGAAUCGAUUGAUGGUCAAAAA